AUGUCAGGAAUCCCUCCGCCUCUUGUAAUAGAAGAAAUCACCGCUAUCACGAACUUUCUUCUCGACCAAGAAACACAGCCUCACUCGCUACCGUUCUACGGUCUUGAUCAGCAGCUAUCAACCGACCUAAGCAAAGGAUCCAUCCUAGGCGGCACCUCCGCUGGCGCAAACUUCACGGCCGGAAUCGCCCAUCUAGCAGCCCAAGAUAACCUUCCUUCCAAGCUGACCGGGCUGCUCUUCCUAGCAGGCAGCUUCUGCCACCCGGACGCCCGACCAGAGAAAUCCCGGGAUCGAAUCCUCAGCGUAGAUGAGAUCAACGAUGCGCCGGGCCUGAUGAGGAAAUCAAUAGACUACUUCGCCAGUGAGUCCCGAUUCCGCAAGACCCUAAUCCAAACCACGAGUGAGUGA